CCCUCGCCCCAGCCCGUGGGGGUGGGCGGUCUCCGUUAUCCCAGGAGCCGGGGUCCCAUAUUUCUUUCUCGGGAGAUAAACAUCCGCCGUCUCGCAGCUCUCACCUACCACUACGAGAGCCAGUGCCUGCCCACGCCGGGCGCCUGGCUGGCGCACCAGCUGCCCGUGUGGCUGCAGAAGCUCAGCGUGGUGGCCACCUACGUCAUCGAGGUGGCCGUGCCCCCGCUCUUCUUCGCGCCCCUGCGCCGCCUGCGCCUCUUCGCCUUCUACUGCCAGGUCCUGCUGCAGGUCCUCAUCAUCCUCACGGGCAACUACAACUUCUUCAACGCGCUGACCAUCGUGCUGGCCUUCUCCCUGCUGGACGAGGAGCACGUGGGGCGCUGGCUGGGCCGGCCCCGCCGCAGGCACGGCGCCGGCUGGCCCCCCAGCGCGGGCUGGCUGCUGGCCACGCUGCUGGAGCUCGGCACCUACGGCCUGCUGCUCUACUGGACCGUGCGCUGCUUCGGCCUGGAGCUGGACUGGGACAGGAAGGUGCUGGAGUCCCGAGUGGCGUUCACGUACCACGAGUUCAGCGCGUGGCUGCGCGCCGUGACGCUGCCGCUGGUGGGGCUGGCGUUCCUCUCGCUGUCCUGGGAGAGCCUGGCCGCCGCCUACCGCUGCGCCUGCGUCCGCGGAUGCUUCUGGAAGCUCUGGGCCACCCUGCAGUGGGCCGUGAUGGCCACGGCCACCGUCAGCCUGUUCGCCGUCAGCCUGGUGCCCUUCACGUACAUCGAGCACGAGUCCAACGGGAAGCUGUGGCCCGGCAUCCACCGGCUCUUCGGGGCCGUGGAGCGUUUCCAGGUGGUCAGCUCCUACGGGCUCUUCCGCAGGAUGACCGGCGUGGGCGGGCGGCCCGAGGUCAUCCUGGAGGGCAGCUACGACGGGCACAGCUGGACGGAGAUCGAGUUCAUGUACAAGCCCGGCAACGUGAGCGCGGCGCCGGCCGUGGUGGCCCCGCACCAGCCCCGCCUGGACUGGCAGCUCUGGUUCGCGGCGCUGGCACCGCACCAGGGCAGCCCCUGGUUCAGCGCCCUGGUGCUGCGCCUGCUGCAGGGACAGCGCGACGUGAUCCGCCUGGUGCAGACGGAUGAGUCCCGGUACCCGUUCCACGCCCGCCCGCCCACCUUCGUGCGGGCCCAGCUCUACAAGUACUGGUUCACGGCCCCCAACGAGGGCAGCCCGGGCGCGGCGCCGUGGUGGCGGCGGCAGCACGUGCAGGAGUUCUUCCCCGCCGUGUCCCUGGGACACCCCACGCUGGAGUCCCUGCUCAGCCAGCACGGCCUCAAGGACAAGCCCCCGGCUCCGCGGCGCCGAGGCGACGCCGUCCUGCCGCGGCUGCUGUCCCGGCUGCGCCGGCUGUGCCAGCCCUGCUCGGGCCCCGUGCUGCUCUGGUCCCUUUACCUGGCGGCCGCCGGCGCGGGGCUGCUGCGGGCCCUGGCCCGGAGAGCGCGGGGGGCAUCGGCCCCCGGCCGCCACAAAGCGCCCCGGGAGCGGGGCGAGCGCGAGGGGGCACGGGGCACCGAGGGGGCACGGGGCACCGAGGGGGCACGGGGCACGGCAGAGGGGACACGGCCCGAGGGCAGGCACGGCAAUAAGAGGAGGAAGUAG